CUCCCCCACAUCCAGUCUGCCAGGGACAGGCACAGUGGAGGAACAUUGAGCUGCUGCGGAGACCUGACAGCUGAAAGCUUAACAUAUCUCUAGGGUUUAUGCACUCAGAAAAAGCUUGGGGCUGCUCUGUACUCUGAUCAUUCUCUUCUGUGAGCCCUGCAGCCUGGAAUCCAGGGUUACUCAUCUGGACUCUACCUCCAUUUGAAUCUUGCCCAGAAUCUAUCUGUGUUUCUGCAAACCUCAGACUGGAUGUGUUGAACUGAGAGUUGCUAUGUUGCUUUAUCGCCUGGAUUAUGUGUUUCAACGCCACCUCUACAGAGAACAGUAUCUGCUGCAGCCAAUUGCUAAGAGAUUCAUUGUGCCAGAGGAUAAGGUAUACAAGAAUGAAGAGGGUCUGGCUGGUAUCCUGUACCAGCGACUUGGCAGCUUCUCUUAGGACCCCUUAAGUAAUCAGACCUUUGGCACGGAAUCUUCCUUGAAAUUGUAUCUACUCCCCUACGCCCUCCUGCGUUGUGCUAUCUGAGAGUGUGUGUGUGUUGUGGUGCAGUUUCUGACCUGGUGUAGCAGUGUAGCGAAAAGAGCAACAGCACACCCUGUUUAAGGCUAAAGGAAGGAGAUAGAUCUCCAGACCAGCCUAUCUACAUUUCAAGACCAACUUAUCUACAUCUCAAGAACAACUUAUCUACAUCGCAAGACUAACCUUAAGAUCAACCAAUUUACAUCUUAAGACCAACCAAUAUACAUCUUAAGACCAACCUCAAAAUGUGAAAUACUACCAGAGCAACCUCAUUUAGGUACAUUUACGGCUGGUUAACCUUUACACUGCCAGUGAGGAGUAAGCAUCAACCAGUUCACUCUGAGAACCAAACCUACGCCCAAACCAGUGACAGGGACUUAAAUCCAUUCCUAUGUCCAGUCUCUUUGGAAAAAAAUAUCACCUUUGUAAGCCAUUUUGCCUCCAUCCCUUUUUCUCCCAAACAAGCUUCUUUUAAAUCUAUCCCACAAAACUACAUCUAUCUUCUGGACCCCACUGAUGUCUCCUGAGUGAGUGGGGUUUGGGUCAACGGAAUUAAAUUCGCUCUGGUUCCAAAUGACCUUCUACAUCUUUGAGGCUUUGGUGCAGAUUCUGAUGAACAGCGAUCUUCUUCUUAGUUCGCUUGGGCCUCAGGUACUUCAGAAGAUGACACAUUCCCAACACUUCCUACAGUCCCAUCUCUUCUUGAGACAAUGAGGUGACACACUACUGUUAUCAAACCCCCCCUCUGGGGAUCUUACUACAGGAUCAGUGACAAGCACAAUGUGAGAGGUCACCGUCCAUCAUAAGUUCCUGCAUCAUGACGGGGUUGUGUCUCUGGAUUUUUACCCUAACAGUGGGUGUCGCUGCUGCCCAGGUUUGCCCCAAAAGAUGCUUGUGCCAGAACCUUGCUCCAUCCUUGGCAAUUCUAUGUGCCAAAACAGGACUGCUGUUUGUCCCAUCAGUGAUAGAUCGUCGGACUGUGGAAUUAAGGCUCACUGACAACUUCAUCACGAUAAUCCGCAGGAAGGAUUUCACCAACAUGACCCGAUUACUCCACCUUACACUAUCAAGAAACACCAUCAGCCAUAUCACACCAUUCACCUUUUCUGAUCUCCGUGGACUACGGGCUUUACACUUGGACAACAACCGUAUAUUAUCGAUGGGAGACGAGCAGCUUAAAGGACUAAUGAACCUUAGACAUCUUAUCCUUAGCAACAACCAGCUCAGCAACAUAUCACUAAAUUCUUUCCAGGAUUUUGUGAGUACUCUAGAAGAUCUAGACCUUUCCUACAACAACCUGGCUCAAGUUCCUUGGCCAACCAUAGCUAAAUUGACCAAUGUAAACUCUCUAAGCCUUGACCACAAUCUUAUUAACUAUGUUCCUGGGGGGGUUUUUACAAACCUUCACAAAUUGGCUAGACUGGACAUGACAUCCAACAAACUAAAGACUAUUCCUCCAGAUCCUUUGUUUCUUCGUAUGCCUGUCUACGCAAAGUCCAAAGGGUCGCCACUUUCAUCACUAGUUCUGGGAUUUGGAGGAAAUCCUUUGCAUUGUAAUUGUGAACUUCUAUGGCUUCGAAGGUUUACUAGGGAGGAUGACUUGGAGACCUGUGCAUCACCAACAAACCUUCUAGGCAAAUAUUUUUGGAGUAUAUCAGAGGAAGAAUUUAUGUGUGACCCUCCUGUUGUCACCCACCACUCACUUCACACAAUAGUUAUGGAGGGAGAAGCAGUUGUCCUGAAAUGCAAAGCUGUGGGUGACCCUGAGCCUACCAUUCACUGGGUGUCACCUGAGGGGAAAGUGGUAUCAAAUUCCUCACGAUCUGUCUCCUAUGAAAAUGGCACACUGGAGAUUAGCAUCACUACCGUAAGAGACACAGGCUUGUUCACUUGCAUUGCAUCUAAUACUGCUGGGGAUGCAACGGGGUCUGUACAGUUGACCGUAAGUCCCCUACCUCAUCCAGCCAAUGCUAGUCAAAGAGCACAAAGACCAGAUAAGGGGCCUUCUGAUAUACUUACACCAGCUAAGCCUGGAGCUUCUAGUAAUGACUCUACUGGCCAUCCAGCAAGGAAGGUGAUUACUGCGGAGUUGAGCCAUAAUUCAGUCCUUAUACAGUGGUUUUUAGACAGGAACAUUCCUGGCAUCCGGAUGUACCAGUUGCAGUAUAACAGCUCCACAGAUGACAGCUUAAUCUACAGAAUGAUCCCUCCAAGUAACAAAAGCUUUCUGGUCAAUGACUUGGCUCCAGGCCGUGAGUAUGACCUCUGUGUGCUGGCUGUAUACGAUGAUGGGAUGACCUCUCUGACGGCUACUCGAAUGGUCGGAUGUGUCCAGUUCAACACUAAAGAAGAGAGUACCCAGUGUCAGCCAAUCCACACCCAGUUCCUCGGGGGCACCAUGAUUAUCAUCAUCGGAGGGAUCAUUGUGGCUUCAGUUCUGGUGUUUAUCAUCAUCCUGAUGAUCAGAUACAAAGUGUACAGCGGCCAGGAAGAAGAGGGCAAAGCCAGGGUCAGCAAUGUGUAUUCCCAAACCAAUGGACAGCAAGGUAUGGCCUGUGCCCACUCCUGUGCCAAGCUGGCAGGAGCGCCAGAAGAACUUCCAUUAACCACCAAUUUCACUACUGAAGACGAGGUGUCACCAAGCACAAAAUCAUCACAGGACAUGUGUGAACCAAGGAAUAGUGCACCCAAACAAGGUUGUAAAAGUUCUGCAGAGAAAAGGCAAUCUUCUGAGUGGACGGACAUCAACAUUUGAUGGAAACUCUACAAAGGAUGAAGAGGCCAGUUGGAUGUGGAUUUUCCGGAAACCCCAUCAGCCAUCAGAUGGUUAAAAGCUGAUUCAUUGAGAGAGGUUACAUUGUGGCUGUUUCCUUACCCUCUCAUCUGCCGUCGGAUCGCUGUUACAGACUUGUUUCCAUGGAAAUGAGCUGGAUGAAGUUUCCGAUCCCCCCCCCCCUUCUAGCCUCUCCAUAUUAUUCUCACAACACGAUCAGCCCCCCAACACUUUCUUCUUCAAACCACCUUGGACAGUAACAACCUCAAAAUCAUUUCUAAUUCCCAAGGAACUCCAAGAUGUUUUUCUAGUUUUUUAUAUAUAAUUUUUGUAAACCACCCAGAUGUUUUGUAAUAAAAGCUUGUCCUCUGAGAA